AUGUCAGAGCCGCAUAAGAGAUCUGGAAUGGAUGACUUUCUAAAGAGAAAAGAUGACAAUUUAGAGGAACUAUAAAAAAAGUAUUUUGAAUCCCCGAAAGAGGAAAUAAAAAAUCUAAGCAAGGGUUAAUCUUCCACCUUCAGUGAGCAAGGAGAACUCGAAUAUUAUCUAAGGAAAUAAAAGGAAAUCAAAUCGAGAGUUCCGCUUACUUAAAAGUUCAAAAAGAGUUUAUCUGAUUUGUUUACUGUACAAGUUGGUAGAAAUUCCAUUUAUGUAUGGAGAUCUAGACAGUAGCAAGCUAAGAAGUGGAGACAUGGAGUGCAAAGUUUAAGAUAGCAAGAGAUCACUAAGCAGCUGGAUGAAAUCGCUAAGGUCAUUGGAGCUAACGAGCCUAACUAGUUUGAGCCUCUUAAAAAUGUGGAAUUUGACAAGAGCUACAGUGGAGAUCAGUUCUAGUACUAAUAUUAGCUAGAAGAGAAACAACUAUAGGACUAGUUAUUCAAACUCUAUGAUGAAUUAGAAGAGGAACGAGAAGAAGAAGAGGAAUGA